CUGUUCACGUGAUCGGCAACGACCUAUGUUAUCGUCAAACGAAUAAUGGCGGUGUUAUUCGAAUAUGUUUUGAAAAUUCAGGUGGAAUAAACUAAAAUUUCGAAGUAUAAAAUACGAUUUUAACUCGAUUUUUAAAUUAUUUGUGUUUUAAUUAGAUUAUUUAACCUUAUAACUAUCAGGAUGUCUGAUAAUAUACAUGUAGCCAUUCGUGUCAGGCCCUUGAUUGCUCGUGAGAAAAACAAUAGAUCAGAAAUUUAUUGGAAAGUGGAGAAUAAAAAUACGAUCUCUCAGGUAGAUAAUACUGGAAAACUAGUGCCAAAUUGUUCCUAUACUUUUGAUCGAGUGUUUAAUGUAAAUGACAGCAAUUUCUGCAUUUAUGAAGAGAUAUGUCUUCCCAUUGUUAAUUCUGUUAUGGAAGGAAUUAAUGGAACAAUUUUUGCUUAUGGGCAGACAUCAUCUGGAAAAACUUACACAAUGGUCGGAACCGGAGAUAAUCCGGGCAUAAUAUUUUUCACAAUAAAUUCGAUAUUUGAUACUAUUGAAAAUAUGCCUGAUAGAGAAUUUUUACUAAGGAUUUCAUAUAUGGAAAUUUAUAAUGAAGCCAUAUCAGAUUUACUUUCAGAGAAUACAAAUCAGAAUUUGAGAAUCUAUGAAAACCUGGAUGGUCAGUUGUGUGUACAAGAAUUAAAAGAAGUGACAGUUACAAAUUAUGAUCAGAUUUGUCAAAUAUGGAGACAGGGUGAAAAAAACCGACAUAUAGAUGCAACCUGUAUGAAUGAUAAAAGCUCAAGAUCUCACACUAUUUUCAGAAUGAUCAUUGAAAGUAGGAGGAGAGGUGACAAUUUAGAUGAUGCCGUGAAAGUAUCUCAUUUGAAUCUUGUAGAUUUAGCAGGAUCUGAGAGAUCUGGGCAAACUGGUGCUACUGGAGAAAGAUUUAAAGAAGGUGUUCACAUCAAUAAAUCGCUUCUCAUGCUGGGUAAUAUCAUUAGUCGUCUCAGUGAAGGAGGAGAAGGGCAAUUUGUAAACUUCAGAGAUUCAAAAUUAACUAGAAUAUUACGGAAUUCACUUGGAGGCAAUACGAGAACAGCAAUCAUUUGUACAGUUACUCCGGCUUCCUUACAGCAAACGCAGUCAACACUUUUAUUUGCGAAUCGAGCAAAGUGUAUCAAAAAUGAUCCAGUGGUUAAUGAGAUAUUAACUGAUGCGGCAAUGCUCAAAAGAUGUAAGAAACAAAUCAAACAGUUAAAUGAUGAAUUACAGAAAAUAAAAGAUAGUUCUCAGUCAGAAAAAGUAUCUGCAAUGGAGAAAGAAUUAAAAGAGAAAGAUAAACAAUUGUUUGAACUGGAGCAGACAAUUAAAUCACUCACUGAAAAUGUUGUUGUUUCUAAACAAGUUCCUGAGAAUCAGCAGCGGAAACCUCGAAGAGAGACAUGGUGUGCUCCCAUGCAUUUCAAUCAGUUGUCAUUGUCCUUCUCUUCAGACCUCCCAGUCACAAAAGAAGAACCAUUGAUACUACCCACAUUUCCCAGACAAAAUAAUUCCUUACCUAACAAUGAUAGUGUGAUAAAUUUUAAAGAAAUAUCUCCAGUUUUAUUUGAAGCUGAUCUUCAAGUGACCGAGAAACAAAAACUCAAUAAGGAAUUUGAUCUUGAAAGAAGAAACAGAAGAAUGGUUAUGUUUAAACUUCCUCUGAUUGAUGAAGAAACUCAGACAGAUCCUAUAUAUCAAGAAGGAAAGUCAAUUGCAGAAAUAUUUGAAGAUUAUAAAAUGAUUACGGAUGAUUACGAAAGAAUAAAAACUGAUUAUUUAGAACUUAAAGAAUUCACAACGCUUGAGAAGCAAAUUUUAUCUGAAGAUAAUAUUGGAGAAAAUAAUCUUGUCCAAAUAUUGUAUCAACGCAUUAAAAGUCAAGAAGCUCAAAUGGGAGAAAUCCAGAAAUUGCUUACAAAAGAAUAUUUUAAAUCUCGUGAGAGGAGAAGCAUUAUUCCCAACUACAGUUUUAGCAAAGAAAAAGUAAUGGAAGAAAUAUGUGAAGAGAAACAAUUAAUUGAUGAAUUUAAUCAACUGAAGUAUAAUUUGCAAACUAAUGAAGAAACGAUCAGAAAUUUACAGAAGGACAAUGAGAAAAUCUUUGAGUUGGAACAGCAGUUGAAGCAAAAAUCUGUUCGUGAAAAAGAAUUGACUACACAGUUAGAUGAAAUGUACAAAGAACUCAAUCAUUCAAAAAAUACUUUGCAGUUAAUGACAGAAAACUUUAAUGAACAGAUGAAAGAAAAGAAGAAUGAAAUCAAAGUUCUUAGUAAUCAGAUUCUAGAGUUAUCAAAUGAUGAUAAAUGUUUAAAAUUAGAAGAGGAUAACAAAAAUUAUAAAAAGCAAAUCCAUUCUCUCUUGGAGUCGAUACGAGAGUGUGAUUUUGAGAAAAAACAGUUAAAAGAAGAACUUGCAACAUUUAAUGAGCCUCUAAAGAAAUUAACAGCAGAAAUUUUAGCAAUAUUGGAUAAAAAUUCCAAACUGGAAAAGAUCGUUUCUGACCUAGAACAGAGAAAUCAAGAAAUUGAAAAGCGUUUGAAUACUUUAAAUACUGAACUUUUGUGUCAACAAGAACUUAGGGAUAAACUUUCUGAAAAUCAAAAUUUAGAGUUUUUGUAUCUCAAUAUUGUAGAAGAAUGGCAACAAGAGAUUUUAUUUUUGAGAGAAGCAGAAUUAGAAACACAUUAUUGGUAUCAGAUACAGAUUGUUAUACAAAAACAUCGUACAGAAAAGGCAAAAAUCAAUCCUACAGAAGCUGUUUCUACAGUUAAAUUUGAGGAAAACAAGGAGCUUUUAUCAUCGCUAAAAGAAAAUAUCUCCUUAUAUAAAACGGAAAUAGGUAAUUUAAAAGAAAAAAUUCUGUCUUAUAGAAAUCAAGUAGAAGAAUGCAAAUUAAUAAUCGAGGAAUAUAGGAAGAAGUAUAUGGAAAUGCUUGAGUCAGAAAGUGCAAUAAAUUCUAGAUACGAGAGAAACUUUCGCAAUAUAUUUGAUUUACAAAUGGAAAUAGCACAAGAGAAAUACAAACAGGAAAAUGUCAAAUAUGAAUUAUUACAAGAAAUUUAUAAUAUAAAUGACAACUAUCAGAAAUCGGAAGAAUAUGUAAAGAAGCAGUUGGCACAACUUGAAGAAAUGCUUUCCGACGAGGAAGCUAGAAACAUGGGAGCACGUUCUCUACAGAUGGAGGUUUCUUCUUUAUUAGAUGAUGUAAAGCAUAAAGAGGAGGAGAUUGAAAGGUAUAAAUUAUUGUUAUCCAAGAAGGAUGAUGAAAAAAAUUUAUUAUCCAUGAAACUUGAGACUGUUUCGAAAGAACUAGAAGAUCUAAGAUUUGUGCCAAACAUUGAAAGACUGGAUUCAAUUAUUCAAUGCUCCAUUUUAGAUGCAAAAACAUUUUCAGGAAUGUCCUCUCAGUUAGAAAAAUACGCUUAUGAAAAGCGAGAGAUAGAAGCGGAACUUAUUCAAGCAGAAAUGGCAAAUAAAAAUCUGUCAUCAACUGUAGAAUUACAAGAAAAAAAGAUAACAGAUUAUGAGCUAAAAGUUAAUUCGUUAGAAGCUGAAUUGGAUAAGCUAAACAAUCUGUCGGAGAGGUUAAAGAAUAAACUACCCCCACAAAACAUGGGUUCGCAGACGGAAGAAGAGGUGCCUUCCAAUGACACGAAUGCUGUCAUGGAAGCCAGGAGAGAAUUGUGUAAACAGAAAAUGCUUAAUCUGGAAAUGAAGAAUCAAUUGUCUAAUGUGAAAAAAGAUUAUGAAUCUUCUAAAGAAGAAAAUAAAUAUUUAAAUGAGAAAGUACAGCAAUUAAAAAUGGAGGUGAGACGUCUCCAACAACCAGCAGAUUUUUCAAUAGUUUGUCCACCAAAACUGAGAGAGGUGAAAGAGGAAGACAUUCAGUUUUUCGAAGGAAGCGGAAGCGGCAUUAUCAAUAAUUUAAAAAUUAGUUGGAUGGAAAACAGGCUUCAUAAUUUAGAAACAGAAUAUAAGAAAGUUAAAAUGGAAAAUACAAGAUUGAAGAAUGAUAUGAAGGAAAAUAAUGUGGAGUGUGACGUGAAGGAGUCGAAGAGUGAAAAUGUUCUAAAAUCUGAUCAAGUCAAACCCCUGCAACACUCGCCUUUACAGAAUAUAUCUGGGAGUAGACUGCCAGCAAAGAAAGUAAUCAAUAGUGUAUCCAAAACGACCGACAGAGUUUGUCCACCUGUUAUUGAUUCCGCUCCUGCAGAGCAAGAAGAAGAAUGUAAAAUACAGUAACUCUCACAUGCUUCUUGUACAGUAUAUUAUCAGUGAUAUAUAUAUUUUUAAUUUAAUAUCUUAAAUUUGUUACAAUGUGUAUUUUAAAUAAAAUAUUUUAAC